AUGGCUCGUCCUCACUACAGUAUUGAUAUUCCGUCCAUAGAGAGUAUCCAACAAACUGCAGAGAAUCUCUUUGGAUAUAAGCCAUGCCUUUGGCAAACACUUAACUUCUGGCUGCCGUUGCUCUUCAAUGGUGAUGGAAUCAUGGUCCUCAUCACACCGCUUAACAUCCUAGGAGAUAAGAACUACAAUGAGUUGAAAGAAAUUGGUAUAAACACUAUUAACUUGACAAUGUCCACAGCAACAGCCGAUGCUUACCAGGAAAUCAAGUCCCUUAAAUAUCGAAAGUUCAUUGAAAAACUGUUUGUAAUUACAUUGGACAAAUCUCACUGCAUCAGUGAGUGGGGUGACUCAUUCCGUCCUGAGUACGGAGACAUAGGAAAUCUCCGGUGGAUACUCCCAGCACACAUACCUUUUCAUAUCACAUCAGCUACGAUGCCUCCUCAUAUUCUCCAGGACGUGAAGAAGAAACUCCAAAUUCGAUGUGAUGCUGACUCGUUUAUGGUCUUUGCAAACUCGAGAAAGGAGACUGAGUCAGUGGCUCAAUUUCUGCGCUCCUAUGUUGCAAAGGAGUAUUGUGAUAAAAUAGUCUGGUUUCACUCUGGAAUGAGCGCGAAAUUUAGACGAGAGGCGAUUGAAAAUUUAUGGACCAUCAAAAUAUGGGGGAUUUGUUGUACUGAUGCAGCAGGAAUGGUGUGUGAUUGUUUGAAGAACUAG